GGGGUCUCCAUGCAGAACCCCGGAAGAGAAGCGGACUUGGAGAAGAGGAGAAAGAGUGCAUCGUGGCAACAGCUGAGAGAGUCCCAGAAGUGGCCUGGUUUAUGAUUCCUCCUCCUCCUCCGUAUUUUCCACUGGCAACGCAAUGGUCUCUGAUACACCCUCUGAACAGUCUCUUCUUAAAGAUGGAGUGGAAAGAGGAGCCAGGCAGCUUCCUCAGGCCCUCUUGACCUUUGAGGAGGUGGCUGUGUUUUUCACGGAGGAGGAGUGGGCUCUGCUGGAUACAGGCCAAAGAGCUCUGCACAAGGAAGUCAUGGAGGAGAAUUAUGAGAUGGUGGCCUCUUUAGCAGAGACUCUGAUACUCAAGUCUGAGCUCAUCUCCUCGCUUGGAACAGAAAAACACAGGGAUGUUGUCCUGGACCAAUUGAGAGGUGAUGGAGAAGGCAAUCAGAAUUUUGAGGGGCCAUCUGUAAAGUACUUCAGCGUGAGUGAACACCUUAGCACACAACUACAAACUAAUGCAGGGGAGAAACCCUUUAAAUUUAUGGAGUGUGGGAAGGGUUUCAUUGAGAGUGGAGCUCUUACAAGACAUCAACGAACUCACACAGGGGAGAACCCAUUUCAAUGUAUGGACUGUAGGAAGAGCUUCAGGGAUAUGGGAAAACUUACAAGACAUCAACGAACUCACACAGAGGAGAAACCAUUUAAAUGUAUGGAGUGUGGGAAGGGUUUCAUUGAUAGAGGAGAUCUUAAAGUACAUCAACGAACUCACACAGGCGAGAAACCAUUUAAAUGUUUGGAAUGUGGGAAGAGCUUCUGUCAGACUGGAGCUCUUGCAACACAUCUACGAACUCACAAAGGCGAGAAACCAUUUAAAUGUAUGGAGUGCGGAAGGAGUUUCAGUCAGAAUGGAAACCUUACUAUACAUCAACGAACUCACACAGGCGAGAAACCAUUUAAAUGCUUGGAAUGUGGGAAGAGCUUCUGUCAGAAUGGAGCUCUUACAAAACAUCAACGAACUCACACAGGCGAGAAACCAUUUAAAUGUUUGGAAUGUGGGAAGAGCUUCUGUCAGACUGGAGCUCUUGCAACACAUCUACGAACCCACAAAGGCGAGAAACCAUUUAAAUGUAUGGAGUGCGGAAGGAGUUUCAGUCAGAAUGGAAACCUUACUAUGCAUCAACGAACUCACACAGGCGAGAAACCAUUUAAAUGCUUGAAAUGUGGGAAGAGCUUCCGUCAGAAUGGAGCUCUUAAUACACAUCUACGAACUCACACAGGUGAGAAACCAUAUAAAUGUUUGGAAUGUGGGAAGAGAUUCAGUUGGAAUAGAGUUCUUACAAGACAUCAACAAACACACAGGGGAGAAACCAUUUAAAUCUUUGUUGUGGGGAGGGUUUCAGUUAAGAGGAAAACUUACUGUGUGAGGCUGAAAAGGCGUUUUCCAUAAACUCUGUAUGAAUAAAGUUUCUAUGUUAGUAUUAAGGGUGUUCUUUCAAAAUAGUUGGUUUUGAGUUUCCCAGGGUAUCAAACAACAGCAUUGAUGUAACAUUUAUAUGUAACUAAUGUAACAUUUAUAUGUAAUGAAUGACACAAUAUUAAUACUAAUGUUCAGAUAUAUAGUUAAUUUCUUAAAGAAUAUAUGUGGUUUAAUGAAAUGUCUUUAUUAAAUCAUAGGAAUAGUCAAUCAGG